GCGAGUCUCAGUCGACACAUGAUGACCAAAACUCCGCUGAUGGAAUUCGAGGAAGUGUUCACGGAUGCCUUUCAGGGAGCCAACAAGAGGAGCAGCCCGGGCCCUCUCGAGGAGAGGCCAGCACAGCAGCCGAAGGGCAAAGGUCGGGGGAAGCACGACGAUCGAGGCCAUCAGAUGAGAAGCCGCUACAGAGGCUUCCAGUCUCUGGGGGCGAGGAGUUCGACCGAGGAUCAGGGGUUCGAGGGUUUCGGAUCCAACAUAGGCUACAUGACUCAGGAUUGGCAGCAGCCGUCGGCACCAUGGAGAUCGGGAUAUUCGAACCACCAGGUCCAGGAACUUCAGCAGCAGGUAGAUCAGAUGCCCCGACUUCUGCAUCGCCACGAGCUCGAGAUCAUGCAUCUACGUGUCGACUCAGGGACCUUGAAGGAUCGACUUGCAAAGAUGGACGAGUGGAGUCAGGAGCGAGAGCAGCUCAUUCCCGAGGAGCCACAAAGGAUGUUUCCACAUGCAGCCUUGAGCGGUCACCUGGACAGCAUUCUGGAGAUUCUCGAAGAGGACAAAGUGUUGCAUCAAUUCAAUGCCACACGCCGCUUCAACGAUCAGACGGACAGCACAGUCAUGUUUUUCAUUCGAGUGUCACUUCAGGGGCAGAAAGCUCAGCUGUUGUUCCAGCGUCUCCUGGCCCUAUGCGGUCUGGGAUGCCUUCAGAUGAUCGAUGCAACGUUGCGCAGGGAAAGGUUGGAACCCCAGCCGUUGGCAAAGCAGAUUCGCAACCUGAGCGAUCGUCGCAAUCGCUACUGA